CUGCUUGCACUAUUUAUUAGAAAGGGUGCUGCACUUCCAAUACUCCAUCUACCACCUGGUGUGCGUCUUCGAGUCUCGUCUGUGAGGGUCGGUUUUCACGGCGAUGCUGUCCACGCCCCAACCUUCAGAACAGCGCGCCGGUCUUUUCAGGUCACCGUCAUUCCCACGACCUUUUAGAACAUCCUGUUCCCUCGACAGUAACCCCAGUGCUACCGACAUAGAAGUAGUACCACCGUUGCCCUCCCUCCGCCGACCUCCACUUGUCUACUGUGUCAAAUAGUUCGGCCGGCGCUCCCGCAAUGAACCGUUACAGUUAGGGUGGCUAUGGGUGAUCUCUGGUCCUUGCUAACACGGCGCUCUAGCGCUUCAGGUCGUCUGUUCAAGAGGCUCGAUAGCAUUUCUUCGAGGCUUUUUUAUCGACAUGGCUUAUUUUGUGCCUCUCACCCAUACCUGACGCUGUUCUUCUCGUUCGUUCUCAUGUUCUUCCUGUCGUCCCCUGUUAUCCUGCAACUAUACGGGCACCUUACACAGCCACCACAGCCAGUACCUACGCUUCUAUGGGAGACGUCGGCCUCUCACUUCUCGUCCGGUCUGUCCCACGUGAAGGAGAAGUUUGGGACAGAGCCAUACUUGCGUCUGGAGCAGAUAGUCGUCAACGUGACGGGCCUGCCGUCAGACGGAGGAAGCGAUAGGGGGGUUUUGAGUGAUAGCAUACUCGCUUAUGCCAUGUCACUGCACGAAGCGAUCUCACGGACUGUAGUGGACGGCUCCUCCGGCGGCCUGGGCAACCAGAAAAAGUUCUCGCUAGCCGACAUCUGCUAUAUGCCACCGGGUAUCGAAAGAUGCCUCGUGCACUCCCCACUGGAAUAUUGGGGAUCCGAAAGUGAACGCUUCGCGAAGGAUGUGGAUCAUCUGGCGACGGUAUCCGACAGCAGCAUACUAUCCUCGUUAGGGAUACCGAUCCCUUUAGAAUCAGUCUUUAGUGGGCUGCGGUUUGAUGCCGCAUCCCGCAAAGUCAUUGGAGCAGAGUCAUUACUUUUCACAUAUUUCCUUUCGAGCAAACCUCCGGAAGAACAAUUGCAAGCCAGAAUUCCGGAUGUUUGGGAUAGACUAUGGACCGAAGCGUUCAAAAGCACUCGGCAUUUCACCACCAGCAUCGGCGCGAGCGAAGCACUGAAGCCAACCGAAUGGCGCUCAGACGGUGCGCCGCGUCUUCUUUACUACGAGUUCGGCUCAUCAACGUCCAUUUUCACUGGCGAAUCACUUGUACUCGGCGUGAUGUACAUCAUUGUAUUUCUGUACAUUUCGCUUGUACUGGGAAAAGUGGACUUGGUGAAAUCCAAGUUUGCGCUAGGCUUCGGUGCCGUUAUCACGGUGUUCACCGGACUUGUUAUGUCCGUCGGGCUCUGCUCAUUUCUUGGGGUCCAGACUUCGCUGGUGCCAUGGGAGGCAUUACCGUUUCUUCUCAUCGUGGUGGGCAUGGAGAACAUCUUUGUCCUCACAAACUCGGUCGUCAUGACUUCGCUCGACUUACCUGUGAAAGAACGUGUCGGCAUUGGACUGAGCAAAGUCGGCGCCUCUAUGACCGCGUCCCUCGGCGGCGAAAUGUGCCUUCUGCUUCUCGCGUCUCUGACGAGCAUUCCUACGCUGCAGGAAUUCUGCCUUUUUGGGGCCGUGUCCCUGGUCAUGGAUUACUUCAUGCAGAUCACUUUUUUCGUCACAAUUUUGUCGAUUGAUAUUCGGCGGUUAGAGAUUUGCACAACGUCCGAAGUGUAGGUGGUAAUCUGACGGGACGCAGGGCAUCGACCGCUACGACCGGCGCCGUGGACUCUGAAUCAACAGCAGAGGACUCCACCGAGAGUGAACAAUCCCCAAGUCAGAGACCUCAUUGGGGAAGCUAUUUAAUUAUAUUAGCUUUGGUGUCGGUUCUUGGACUUGGCCUAUCGGGAUCUUCCACAUCCUCCCUGUGGGCAGAGAACAGCAUCAGCGCCACAGUCUUGGGCAAGAAGGGCCUUUUGUCCGAUACAUCCUGUGAGA